AUGGCCAGGAUGAAGCAGGGAAUAUUUUCGUGGGAGGAUGUGCUGGCGCAACGGUAUCAAAGCAAUAAGCCCACUGCCCUCGCUCGGUCCCGCCGGUAUAGCACCCUGCAAAGCCCGCGCGCACAGCAGCAACAAAAACCCGACCCCCGGACGGAAUGGGCCUUCCAGCGAGACAGCGCCCUCCUGGCGAAGCUGUCGCCCGAACUGCGAAUGGCGAUCUGGGAGCUAGUGGCAGGCGGGAUGCGCAUACAUAUCGUGCAGCGCGCCAACCGACAACUGGGCCAUGUGGUCUGUCCCGCGCAGACGGGGGGGUGCUGUGAGAUCUGCCGGGGGGGGCUUCCCAGCGCGAAAUCCAGGACGAAGCCGACGACGAGGCUGCUGGCAUUGGCGUUGACGUGUAAGCAGAUCUACACGGAAUCAAUCUACACCCUCUACACUCUCAACACCUUCGAAUUCAGCAACACCUGGUCGCUCACCUACCUGCGGCCCACCAUCCCCGCGGUCUUCUGGGAUGCGAUCCGCGCCGUCGAGCUGCGCUGGGCGUUCCCGGGCCACUGGCUGCCCAGCAAGGACCCCGUCAAGACGAUCUACUUCUCGGCGGGUCGGCAGCAGUGGGUCGAGACGUGCCGUGCGGUGACGCACAUGCGCGGGCUGCAGACGUUCACCUUGGAGCUCGAUUGCAACUGGUUCUGCGAGCCCGUCGAGAAGUUGCCCGUGUUCCUGGAGCCGCUGCGCGAGCUGCAUCUGCGGCAGCAGUGGACGUUGCAGCUACCGCGGCAGCCGUAUUAUGUACAGGAGGUCGGGAACAUCGGUCGGGAGUUGAGGGAGAGGGGGAUUGAGUGUUGUGUUUGGGCCGUGGCGGCGGCGGCGGCGGCGGCGACGGAAAGCGUGGGUUGA